UCAGCGGCCAGCUUCCUAAGAGCCUUCCGCGGGGCUUCAUCUUUCACUACAGGUCGAAGAACCAUGUUGGGAGGCUCCUCGCUGGCAGGCAGCGGGAAGUCGUUGCUGCUGGAAAGGGAACGGGGACGCGACGGCGACGAAUGCAGCCGCAGCAGCCGUCGCCAUGUAGCUGCAGUAGCCACCAUGCAAGGCUUCGAUGUAAAGCGUCCGGCUGGAGACCGGACGAGCAUGACUGCGGUGGCAGCUGUGGAUGCACUAGCAAGUGGCAGGGAAGGAGCAGCAGUGGCUGGUGCUGUAGCUGCUGCUGCGGCGGCGGCUACAGCAGCUGCUGCCGGGGCGACUGGAGCUGUGCCGUACGGGGCUGCUGAAGGGAUGGAUUCAGGGGACGAGGAGGCGGUGGCAGCCGGGAUGGCAGCCAAUGCAGCAGCAGCAGCCACAGAUGGAACAGCAGCUGUAUCAGCACGCAUGGGUGAUGGGUUGGUGGAUGGCAGCUGCGGCGCUGGUGCUGGCGGCGGCGGCGGCGGCGGCGGCGGUGGUGGUGAAGGAGGAGGAGGAGAAGAAGAACGAGCAGCAGCAAGAGGGGAUGGAGGAGGCGACACGGUGGCAGGCGUUCCUUCGUUGUCAAUGCUGACUGCUGCUCGGCUGAGCUCUAGGGCUGUCAUCAUGCGGAGCUGGACCAGACAACGUAACCGGCUGCGGCGGAGGACGCCUUCGGGCUUCACCAGCGGUGGUGAUGGUGGCGGGGGUGGCGCAGAAGGGCGAUUCGCUCGCAAACACAAAGGAAGCGCCACUGCCGCUGCUGCCGCUGCCGCCACUACCAGCACCAGCGCUGGCAUGGUGAUGGGCCACAUGGCUGCGGCCGCCACCGCUGCGACUGCAGCCGCUAGCAGGUCAGCAACUGACAGCGAACAUCCCCAACAGGCUGCACACGGCCAUACUGAGGACAGCAGCUCCUGUGGCGCGGGUCGAGGAGUCGGAACUGUAGCAGGUGCCUUUCAUGACCUGGUGGUGAUCGAUAUGGGUGUGCAUCGGCUGAACAUCCCCGCCAUAGGCGCGGCGUACGGAGAUGUGUACGAUGGUGUCCAGGUCAUCCAAAUCCUGCCCUCCCACCUCAAGCACCGAGCCGCCUACCACGCGCCCCUCAGGUCCCCAGCCAUGCUCGCCCCGGGCUUCUUCGAGGCGCCCGGUGCCAGCCAGGCCCUGCUGCCUCGCAGCCCCGGUCAGCCGCCCUCUUUCCCGCGCCUCUCCCUCAUGUUCGUCCAGCCAGCUGGCUACACAGCAGUCGCCAACUCCCACCCGGAGGUGGCGGAACGCAGCGGCGCCGUAUUUUGCGCGACCGUGCGUGAUGUGCUGCGAAUGUACGGCGCGUACGAGUGUCAGGAGUACGAGUGUACGUUUAUGGUGGCGUGCCAUGACCCACGGGUCGGCGCUGAGGCGGCGCUGGCAUUGCACACCUGGCUGCUGCAUGCGGACUGGCCGGCGGACUUGUUAGAGCUGUCCGAGGGACGGGAAGUGCUGGGGUCGGACGGUCAGCCCGUCACGAGGUGAGGAGACGGGAAAAGCGGACUCCAACAUUUACAUGGAGGAGUGUCUGGAACAACAACUUCGCCCUCAGCACAAGUUAUGAUUAGCAUCCCUUCCGAGUGAACCUCUGGGGAUUACGCUGUCAGGGAUUGCACACGUUUUCCCUAACCUAGGCACACAUCAUAUUUCGUCCGGGUUACCGGUAUGACACCGGUGCCUAUACGUUUGCCUCACAGCAACAUGCAUGGCUGCAGGAGCUUCCAGGCCACGUUGGGCUCUACUGGAAGCUCCACAUGCGCUCUACGGUCCAGAGCAAUUUCUAGCUGCCCUCAAGCUCCUCAUGCUCCCUCCUAUUCACCUUUCCAGCCAUGCGCCUUGCC